AUGCCUGCCGCUAGAAAACAAUAUACAUUCAGGGAACAGCUUAUUGGCUUCCCAUGGGUGCAACUGGCAGUUAUUGCUGCCAUCAGAUUUGCUGAGCCUAUUUCAUUCACAUCUCUGUUUCCAUACAUCUACUUCAUGGUCAAGUCGUUCCUGACUGGCAAGAGCGAUAAUGAAGUAGGUAGAUAUGCCGGAUAUAUUUCCGGUAUGUUUGCCUUGUGUCAGUGUAUGACGGGCAUUCUAUGGGGACGUAUGAGUGAUAAGUAUGGUCGUAAGAAGGUCAUUCUCACCGGUCUAUUCGGAUCUGCAUUUUCAUUAUUAUUAUUUGGUUUCUCAACCAACUUUUAUAUGGCCAUGUUUGCUAGAUGUAUGGCUGGUCUGCUCAACGGUAAUGUUGGAGUGGUCCGAACCGUCAUUGGUGAGAUUGCUGUCCACCGUCAACACCAGGCUUUGGCCUUUUCUAUCAUGCCCUUACUCUGGCAAGUCGGAUGUGUUAUUGGCCCCAUGGUCGGUGGUUUCUUGGCUAAUCCAGUCGGUGAACAUCCUGACUGGUUUGACGGUGGUGACCAUAAAGGAGGCUUCUUUUCUCAUGACACUUAUUUAUUAUUUUCAGACUACCCAUUUUUACUACCCAAUAUUGUAGUAAGCAGCAUUUUAAUAAUUGGCUGGUCUGUUGCAUUUUUCUUCCUAGACGAAACUCACCCAGAAAGAAAGUAUGAUUACGACUUUGGCCGUGUUAUUGGCCGUCGUAUCACGGCACUCAUAUUCCCCAAGACUUGGUUUGCCUCUCCUUCAGCUGAAGAAUGGUCUACCGACGACAGCAAGGUCAUUACCCCCUCGUCUUCUUCUGAAGAUGUGUCGAUUCUCGAGGGCGAGCAACAACCACUCCUUGGUCCUGGUGCUGGUCCCGACAAUGGAACUAUCGAAGAAAACCCUACCAAAAAACCUGCUCAAGCCAGAACACUGCCAGAAGUGGACCAGAGCUGGGGUGCUGUUCUUGUUCCUCAAGUUAAGAAACUGUUAGUGUGUGCAUUUUUCUUGGCUCUUCACACUGUCGUCUAUGAAGAACUGUUACCCAUCUACCUUUCGACCUCGAUUCAAUUCGAUACUCCCAACCAGAGAGGACCAUUCCCAGGAGGUCUGGGUUUGGAUUCCCGAGAAGUAGGACUUCUUCUGUCCCUGUGUGGAGCAUUUGGAAUCUUCCUGAUGAUCUUUGUGUAUCCUAACAUCGACCGAAUCUACGGAACACUGAGACCCUACCGUUUCUUUAUCAAGGGACACAUGUUUGUGUACUUCACAGUGCCCUUUUUCCAGUACCUGUUGAGACUGAGCCAUCAGGCCAUGUUCAACAUCAUCUGCGUGGUGCUGUUCAUCCGAACAAUGUUCAAUUCCAUGUCGUACCCCGGACUCCUGCUGCUGGUCAACCGGUCGGCGGCCGACAAACGCCAUCUCGGAGUUAUCAACGGAUGCACCCAAGUGGUAUCAGCAUCCGCCAGAGCCAUCGGUCCUAUCAUCUGGGGCUACUUCAUGUCCACUGGCCAAGCCAUCGGACACGUGGAACUGCCCUUCUGGCUGCUCUCGGUUGUAGCUGCCAUGGGCGCUCUCUACUCGUCAACCAUCACCGACGACGAGGACUCUGAUGACGAAGAAGAGGAAGUGUAA